AAUGUAGGAGGAAAUUGGCCCUACCUCGUUUAGCGAGGGCCGGGGCGGGUCGGCAAAGCUCCCCAGCCCAAACUGAUUUCAGCCAGCCAACCUUCCCUCGCAAUAGCGACCACUGGCUACCACCAGUCUUCAGCAAUCCAGAGUGCCGUGAAGCGCUCGGUAUGCUACGUACAAUCCUAUGUCUCGUCGUAGGUGGCGACUGCUGCUCUAGGGGAGGACUGCCACGCGCACAUCAUCAUGACAUGACAGCAACAUCUCCAUACUCGCUGGUCUGCAUAGAGCCGUGGAGUAUUUGAAUCACUGACAAUCGCUUUUGAAUACAUAGUAAUUCUCUCACCAUCCAAAUAGCACUUCCAUCAACCACACCGAAUAUGGUCUCACUAUUAGGAAACACAUUCGACCCCAACACGGAGAUACCUGACUUGAGCGGCAAGGUAUACAUCGUAACAGGCAGGUCUGCAGGUAUUGGUUUUGGCAUCGUUGCGCAUCUACUCCAACACAAUCCCGAGAAAAUCUAUCUGCUUUCCAACAAAGAAGAACACGCCGAAGAAGCACAACAAGAGCUCGCAAAGAAGUGGGGUGAUGCCAGCAAAGUUGAGUGGCGGCAAUGUAACCUCGAGUCCCUCAAGCAGACAGACGAAACCGCGCGGAACUUGGCGAAUGAGCUGACCAGGCUGGAUGGCCUCGUUUGCAACGCGGGACUGGGUGUUGGUGUGUACAAUGAGUCUGAAGAUAAAUUGGACACACAUAUGCAGAUCAACGUGUUUGCGCAGGCGCACUUCAUAUUGACCUUGCUGCCGGUGCUGCGGAAGACGAAAGACUCUCGGAUUGUGUCUCAGUCGUCAGACCUACAUCGUGCCGCUCCCGCAUCGACCAAGUUCGAAUCGAUCGAUGAAAUGAAUCAGGACAUUUGUCCAAUGUAUCUCUACAACCGCACCAAGCUUGCACAGAUACUUUUCUCCAGCGAGCUCUUGAAGCGCAUCAAAGCGGGCCAAUUCGGCGCAGUCACCGAGACAGAGGCUUUACCGUGGAUCAAUUGUAUGCAUCCCGGUGGUAUCAAGACAGACCAGCAGUUCCAAGCUGAGGAGGCCUAUGGAUCCCUGGGCAAGAUCGGUUCAAGACUCGUACGUCCGUUCCUAGCCGACCCGGUAGACCAGGGAUGCCGCGCAGCAUUGUUCGCUACCACGAGUCCCGACAUUGUCACAGAGCAGGUGCAGGGAGCAUACAUUGUGCCUGAGAGCAAGCCUACAGACCCUUCGAAUCAGACAAAAGAUGAAAUCCUUUCAGCGAACUUGUGGAGAUUGACGAAGGAGAUACUCGAGAGCAAGAUUGGGAACUUGGGUUAUACCAUGUAG